UGCUACUCUGCAUACGGGCAGUAUAGUAUACGUAACGUAAACUGUAGAUUUUCAGCGCUGGCACUGCCAGCCUAGCAGUAAAUUUAAAACACAGCCAUACAUGUGUAUACACAUGGCAUACUGAUUAUUGUUGUGUCAAUCAGCCGCUGCAAUAAAUGAAUACAUCAGAAUAUAUACAUUUUUAUUUCGGUCGACCCUGAGUGCGGAGAGUAUUUUUGCAAUAUCAAUAGUGAUAGCCAGCAGUUACAUAUUUUAUGUUCUUUUGACACUUAGCGUUUAGAUUACAAAUAUGAUACAACGCCUUGCAGAAAAAUUAUAUUCUUCAAGCGUUAGUGCUACAGUCUCACGUGCUACUGUUAAAUGGUUGAGAACAUCAGGAUCUGUUACAGUAUCUAAAGACAUUAAAGAAACAUCCAGUGCUCAAACAAACAUGGAUGAGGUUAUUACAAAAGAAGUUGGGGAUAAUGGCAUAAUAGUUUUAAAUCGACCUAAAGCGUUGAAUUCUAUAAAUUUAUCCAUGGUUCAAAAAAUAUAUUCUAUCCUCAAACAAUGGGAGUCUUCAAAGAAGCUGGUUAUAAUAGAAGCUAUAGGUGAGAAAGCGUUUUGUGCGGGUGGUGACAUCAAAGCACUUGUCUUGCCAUUGAAUGAACCAGCAGGAAAUCUACAGGGCGAAGAAUUUUUCAGGACAGAGUAUACUUUAAAUCAUUUGAUUGGAACAUAUAAGAAGCCUUAUAUUGCUAUCAUCAAUGGGAUAACAAUGGGAGGUGGUGUUGGAUUAUCUAUACACGGCAAAUAUAGAAUUGCUACGGAAAAAACUCUCUUUGCUAUGCCAGAAACGGCAAUAGGAUUGUUUCCUGAUGUUGGUGCGACUUACUUUUUAUCCAGAUUGAAAGGCAGACUGGGUUUAUAUUUAGGUCUAACAGGGCAAAGAUUGAAAGGUUUUGAUGUUUUCCUUGCUGGUAUUGCGACGCAUUUUGUACCAUCGGAGAAACUCGCAGAUUUAAAACGCGAUUUAUUUGCAUUGCGUGAAGUCGACAUUGAGCCCAUUUUGAAUAAGUAUCAACAAAAAUUAAAUCAUGAAUUCAGCUUGGCACCUCAUAUGUCUCAGAUAGAAAAUUGUUUUUCUGCUCCAACUGUUGAAGAGAUAAUUGAAAGACUGAAGAAAGAUAAUUCGGACUGGGCACAAAAAAAUAUAGAAAUAUUGUUCAAAAUGUCUCCGUCUUCUCUCAAAAUCACCAAGAAAGCAAUUGAUGAAGGAAAAGAAAAAUCUUUAGCAGAUUGUUUAAAGACUGAAUAUAGAUUGGCCUGUACUGCUUUAACUAGAGAUGGUGAUUUCUAUGAAGGUGUCAGAGCUCUUCUAGUCGAUAAAGAUCAGAAACCAAUAUGGAAGCCAAUAUCCUUGACCGCUGUAACGGAUGAAUAUGUAAAUAAACGUUUCCGCGCGGUACUUCCUGCAGAGAAGGAAUUGCAGUUGUAUACCAGCAAAUUAUAAAAAUUAGGAGAUAUCUUUUUAUAUGUACUGUAGAUAUAUUAUGUAGCACGGCAGUACCUUACGCCAUGACGCUUCGUUUGUCGUAGCGCCGAGAUACUACCGUGUAUCCAGAUAUACAUAUUGUUAUGGAAACAAGUUGCGAACUACUUUGUUUUUAUAUCCUGGUUUUAUAUAAAUUGAGAUCUAUAUUGAUAUUGUUAACUUUUUUCUUUA